GUAGGACAUCGAGAUCUACCAAAUUUUGUGCUUAUAAAUAGCAAUGCUCAAGUACAAAGUUCAACACCUCCAGCACUUAAAGCCAUAUAAGUCAUAAAAAGAAAAAGUGAUUAAUUAAUUAAGAUGACUGGAGGUGAAACAGAUGAAGUGAAUAUAGAGGAAGAGACAGAGAUAACAAAGGAGAUUUCAGAGAAGAAGCUGAAAGAUAGAAAGGUGUCAUGGGCAAAACUACGUCGUGUAGACUCUCUCAACUUGGAAGCUGGAAGAGUUUCUAUGAAUGCAAACCACCAUUCCAAGAUGGGUUGGAGCGUAACAUUGAGUUUGGCAUUUCAAAGCAUAGGGAUUGUAUAUGGUGAUAUUGGAACAUCACCACUUUAUGUGUAUGCUAGUACUUUUACAGAUGGAAUUAAAAACAACGAUGACAUUCUUGGAGUAUUAUCUCUAAUCAUCUAUACCAUUGUGCUCAUUCCCAUGCUCAAAUACGUUUUUAUUGUCUUAUGGGCUAAUGACAAUGGCAAUGGUGGAGCAUUUGCACUAUACUCAUUGAUAUGUAGAUAUUUAAAGGUGAGUUUGGCUCCCAAUCAACAGCCAGAGGACAUGGAACUUUCUAAUUACAAGCUUGAAAUACCAUCUAGCCAGCAGAAAAGAGCUUAUAAACUAAAGCAUAAAAUUGAGAAUAGUCAUUUUGCAAGAAUUCUACUUUUACUUCUAGCUAUAAUGGGAACUGCCAUGGUCAUUGGAGAUGGGAUCCUCACUCCAUCAAUUUCAGUCCUUUCUGCGGUGAGCGGAAUCAGUACAUCACUAGGUCAAGAUGCUGUUGUGGGCAUUACUGUUGCAAUUUUGGUCGUCCUAUUUAGCAUGCAACGAUUUGGUACUGAUAAAGUGGGAACUUUAUUUGCUCCAAUUAUUUUAGUAUGGUUUACAUUUAUUGGUGGAAUUGGUCUCUACAAUUUAUUCAAACAUGACAUUGGAGUAUUAAGAGCUUUUAAUCCAAAAUAUAUAGUUGAUUACUUCAAACGAAAUGGUAAAGAAGGAUGGUUAUCACUAGGUGGAGUCUUUUUAUGCAUUACAGGAUCUGAGGCUAUGUUUGCUGAUUUGGGUCACUUCAGUGUACGAGCCAUUCAAAUUAGCUUUUCUUUUGUUACAUUCCCUGCAAUCUUGACAGCAUAUAUUGGACAAGCAGCAUAUCUAAGAAAGUUUCCUGACAAAGUGGGAAAUACUUUCUAUGAUAGUAUACCUGACCCUUUGUAUUGGCCAACAUUUGUUGUGGCUAUUGGUGCUGCCAUUAUUGCUAGUCAAGCUAUGAUUUCAGGAGCCUUUUCCAUCAUAUCACAGGCCUUAAGUCUAGGUUGUUUCCCUAGAGUUAGGGUUGUGCAUACUUCAACUAAGCAUCAAGGUCAAGUGUAUAUUCCAGAGAUCAACUACAUGUUCAUGAUUGGAUGUAUUAUAGUCUGUGUUGCCUUCAAGACCACAGAAAAUAUCAGUCAUGCAUAUGGGAUUGCUGUUAUUGGUGAUAUGAUGAUAACAACAACACUAGUUUCACUUAUAAUGCUUGUUAUAUGGAAGAAGAGUUUAUGGAUGGUCAUCAUUUUCUUUUUGGUAUUUGGUAGCACAGAGUUUCUUUAUUUAUCAUCUCAAAUAACCAAGUUUACAGCAGGAGGAUAUUUUCCAAUUGUACUAGCUACUGUCUUGACAAUGGUUAUGGGAAUUUGGCAUUAUGUGCACAAAGAAAGAUACAUGUUUGAACUCAAAAACAAAGUUUCGACCGAGUAUUUGAAGGGAUUAGCCAACAACACUGAUGUUCAUAGAGUGCCUGGAAUUGGACUUUUGUAUUCUGAGCUUGUACAAGGAAUUCCGCCGAUAUUUCCACAUUUUAUAGCUAGUGUACCAUCUAUUCAUUCGGUUGUUGUAUUUGUUUCCAUCAAGACAAUUCCUGUUAGUAGAGUUGCAUUGGAAGAAAGGUUUUUGUUUCGACAAGUUGAACCGAGGGAGUAUAGAAUAUUUCGAUGUGUUGUGAGGCAUGGUUACAGUGAUGUACUUGGGGAUCCUUUAGAGUUUGAGUCACAAUUAAUGCAAAAUCUCAAAGGAUUCAUUCAACAAGAGAAUUUCAUGCUUGAGGUUAAUGAUGGUACUAAUACUAAUAAUGUAACUACAAGUGAACAAUUAGUGGCACCUACUUCCACUAAUGAGAGUGAUCAAAGGGAAGAUGAUUCAGCUAAAGAAUUGAAACCAAGGUCUAAUAAUUCAUCAAGUAGAAUCAUCCCAAGUCUUGGUGUGUCUCAUGUAUCAUCAGAUUCGAUACGAUCAUUACCUGGAAGUGCGACAAAAUCAUCAAAUUUCUAUGCACCUAUCUUCCAAGGACCUGAAGAGGAAAUUAAGUUUAUUGAUAAAGCAAUGGAAAGAGGUGUGGUUUAUAUGAUAGGUGAAGCAGAAGUAGUAGCUCAUCCAAAUUCUUCUAUUUUGAAUAAGAUUGUUGUCAACUAUGCUUAUAGUUUCUUGAGGAAGAAUUUUAGGCAGGCAGAACAAUCCAUAGCUAUUCCACACAGGAGACUUCUUAAGGUUGGAAUGACAUAUGAAUUGUAACAUAUGUUUGAGACUUCUUAUGUAUCUAUCUAUGUUGACUACAAUUGAGGUUGUGUAUUAUAUUGAUAAAUGUGUAUUUGUGUGUAAUUUUAUUUUAAGUUUGUAAAUUGUCCACCAAGUCAUGUAAGUUUUGAAUCAUGGAGAAGUGAAAAGCAUUGCUCUAACAUAAAUAAAAAAGCAGAUUGUGAAUUA